UCGAUCGGACUGCUAAUAACAAAGUAAUCUCUACUGAUCACGAUUCGUGAUUCACCCUGUAUAAUACGUGCGUCCAUCCGUAUAUAAAAUGCAGUAAUCUGCUCUGUUGCGCCAGUUGAGAACAUAUUGCGAUGCUGAAAACACGGGCACAAUAAGUAACUGAAAUUGAUUAAAGAUUUGUGUUUGAAGACAUAAAUUUAUUUUUAGUUUGUUCUUAACGUAUGGAAACCGUUUGAAAGUAUAAUAAAUGCAAAUUAACCUAAAAAUAAUCGUUUAGGAAUACAAAAGUGUAACUUACUUGUGAAAUUUAUUUAAUUCGAAUAGAUUUAGACAAAUCUAUAUAAAGGAUGGCUGCAUUAUUUCUGGAUUGGUUGAAUUUUACGACCGUCGGAAUUUCAGUCGGAUUUAUUACCGUGUUAUACAUCUACGUGAAACGACAUCAGAAUUACUUUGAGACAAUGGGAAUUCCUUAUGUCAAUUCACACAUUAUAGUGGGUAAUCGUGGACCAGUGAUUUUUAAGCAGAUGUCAUAUUCAGAACAUAUUCAGUCCCUUUAUGGUUCCAAACCAGAUGUCAAGUACUUUGGGAUAUAUGACUUUACUUCGCCAGCUAUUAUGAUACGUGAUCUCGAACUCAUUAGAGACAUCGGUAUUAAACACUUUGACCAUUUCGUGGACCACAAACGUUUCGGCGACCCUGAACUCGAUCCACUCGUUAUGAAAAAUCUUUUCUCAUUAAACGGUGACAAAUGGCGAGAAAUGAGAGCUCUUCUAAGUCCAGCUUUUACAUCGAGCAAAAUGAAGAUAAUGUUUGAUUUGAUAUCGACUUGUGCUACAGAUUUCGUAGACAUUGUUAUGAAACAAGGACCAAUCGUCUUCGACAUAAGAGAUGCUUUUGCAAGAUACACGAAUGACGUAAUUGCUAGUGUUGCCUUUGGAAUAUCCGUGAAUUCCAUGAAGGAUCGUGAAAAUGAGUUUUUUAAAAUGGGCAGAGAGGCAACACAUUUUGGAUUUAUGCAAUCAUUUAAGCUAUUUCUUUUUCAAACGUGCCCGACAUUAGUCAGGAUAUUGAAAUUAAGAUUUCUUGACCAGCGUGUCACUAAUUUCUUCACGGAAAUUAUUUCCUCAACUAUUGCUACGAGAACAGCACAAGGAAUUCACAGACCCGAUAUGCUGCAGCUGAUGAUGCAGGCCAAAGAAUCUGGAAAAAAUUUGACCGUCGAGGAGAUAACAGCACAGGCGUUUUUAUUUUUCUUUGCCGGUUUUGAUACCACGUCUAGGACUUUGAGCUUUGCUGCUUAUGCACUUGCUACUAAUCCUGAAAUUCAAGAAAAACUUCAAGCGGAAAUCGAUAAAGUUCUUCAAAAGUCCGACGGCAAAGUGACGUACGAUUAUCUUAAAGAGAUGCAGUAUCUCGAUGCAGUUUUGAAUGAAACAUUAAGAAUGUAUCCAGCGGAGUCAGAAUUGGACAGAAUAUGCACGAAAGCUUUCGAGCUUCCUCCAGCUAAAGCAGGUGCUAAAUCCGUUAUUAUUAAACCUGGUACCACUGUAUUGAUCCCCAUUAACGGAAUUCAUUAUGACUCUAGAUAUUAUGAUAAUCCAAAUAAGUUUGACCCCGAGAGAUUUUUGAACGAAAAUAAAAUUGGACAAACAGUUCAUUUAUCUUUUGGCCUCGGACCAAGAGCUUGCAUUGGUAACAGAUUCGCUCUGAUGGAGAUAAAAUUAGUCCUGUUCCAUUUAUUGGCACAGUGUAGCUUCAAACCAUGUGAAAAAACAACCAUACCUAUGAAAUUUCGCCCAGGAAAUUUCGUGCCGAUUCCUAUAAAUGGCCAUUGGUUAAAAAUUGUUCUGAGAAAAUAAAUGUACCCAAAUAGUAAUACUAGAUUGGUAGACUGUUUUUAAUAUUAGUUUCAUAUUGGGAUUAUUCCAGUAAUCUAAAAAAGUUUAUUGUUAAUUGAAUAAUAGGCCUCGAUUUGAUGAUUAAGCACGAGGAAAAUAUAUUGGCUGAAUGCAAACAUUCAUGGUAUAAACCAUAUUUUUAUAAUAUUUUGUAAUCUAAUUAUACAUAUAAUGUAACGGUAAUUAUUUUUAGGCAUAAUCCUAUGUGAGAGUGCCUUAUGCAGUCGCUAUCGAAAAAAAAGUACGUGCGUGCAACUGAAUUUCGUAAUUUGUUCGUCUAGGUCCUCUAGGUGAAUAGAACCUGGCGAUAUGAAUUGAUAUGAAUAUAAAUUCGAUUUCUCAAAGACCACUUGAUAUCGAAGGUAAUGCUUUAAAAUUCACUGUAAGUUCUGUAACCAACGGUACAUUUUUUUUAUGCAAAUCAUUACAUCUAUAUGUAUAUGCAGUACUGGCAAUGAAUUUCGAAACACAUUCCAAAUGUUAAGAGUGACUUUAAGCACUAACUACGUAUAUCCUACACGUAGAAUUACCAACUCUUCAUCAAUGUAAUACUGCUGCUAAAACUUGAACGUCGUUGAACUUUUCAAAUUCUCUAACCAUAAAUAGGAAUCCGCUGCAUCAUAAGUUUAUAUAUUUUAACAAUAAUUGUAUACUACUAUUUUUCGAGUGUAAUACUUACUCUAUGGCUCGUAUUCACAGUUAGUGCUUGAGACGAAGCACAGUCGUAUGACCGUAGAUACUCUAUCUUAAUACAUAGUAGAGAAAGACAUAGUACAUAAUACAUAGUAAGGUCGUGCUUAAGACGAAGAACCGACUAUGAAUACAGGCCCAUACAUAACAAACGUAAUGUGGUCUGUUUCUUGUAACUUUAAUAUGACAACCUAGUAUAAAACAGUAUAGAAUAUAUUUUUGUAAUCAAUCGUCCGGUGCUCAUUUCUCGCUGUCUUCGGUCCAAAUGAGCUUUUAAGGUACCUUUCCAUUUCAAAUGGACUACUCUUAUAAGACGGAUAACUCGAAAACCAGAUCCCUGAUUGAUCAGAAUUCGGGCAUCACGGAAAACUUAUCCCGGUUUUGGCCAAUGAGGGAUCUGGUUUUCCGGUUUAUCCGUCUUAUACUAGUCGGUUCUACGUGGUAAAGUAUCUUUACAGAACGCGUCUAGUUGUAUCUUCAUCAUCUCUUGACAAUUGGCCCAAACUUAACUGCGACGAUAAUGAACAGAGGUAAAGAGAGGAGAGAAGAAGAGAGAAAGAAUGUUUCACGAUUAAUAAAUUUAAUUUAGACUGGAAACCUAUAUUUUUAUUUCAAAAUUGUAUUUACGUGUAAACUCAUAAGGAUUUAUCGGAAAUAAAAUUACAUGUCUAUAUGAAAUAGA